AAUAGAUAGCAUGACUGAAGAAGAGAAAACAUUUAUUAUGACAUGCUUGGAUUUUAAUGGCAAGGACACAUCCAUGGAGUUCAACAUCAAUGAGCUGAAUAGUAGAAUCGUGGUUUUGAGCAAAAACCUCUCAGAUGUAAAAAGGCAGCUGAGGCAAGAGAAACUGCAAAAUGGACAACAAGCAGAUAUGCCUUUUCUUCGGAUUCGUGAAAUGCAGAUGAGGAUUAGUGGCUGGAUAGAGGAGAUGGACGCCAAGACCAUAUCUGUUGCUAAGUUAACUCUUCGAGUUCUGGAGGAAUACAUGAGAGUGCAAAACUUGAAGUCAAAAAUGUCCUUUGCGAAAGGUGCUGAGCGCACAGCAUUGAAAGACCAGUUAAAGAAGAGGGAGGAGACACUGAGGCAAGCUGAACUUGACCUCAUUGGUGCAAGUGGAUCCUCCAACCUGAUAAUGCAAAUAGUGAAACUGCGGGAGAGGAUCAUCGAAUUAGAGAGCAGAGAGCCGAAUGAUGACUUGGAUCAAGAAAUCAAUGAGUUGAGAGAACAAUUGGAGAAGCUGCUCAAACAAAUAGAGGGCAAGCCAGAUGUUUCAGGAGUUACACAGAUCAUCCAAUUCCAAGAACACAUAUUACAUCUGAGCAAAAGACUGCAGAUAUUCAAACAACAGGCUGAGACCAAAAUCACUGAAUUGAAGAAGCAGUUGGCACUGAAGAAUAGUCAGCUGGAAAGUCAGUCUUCCAAGGGCCCUGCUGCUUCACAAAUUAUUAUCAUUCAAAAAGAGAUCGAUGCAAUAUUGGGACACAUUGAGUAUGAGAAGAAGAAAUUAUCUGCCCAGACUGAAGAAUUGGAGAGGACUAUAACCAACAACAAGAAUUUGAUGACGGAGCAACUAAAGGCACUGGAGAAAGCUAAUCAAGCUGACUAUGAUCUCAUUGUGAAGGUUAUCGCACAGCAGAUUGAAAUCGGUGAGAUAGAAAGACAGGAAUGCUCUGCACAGAAGGACGCAUUGGACCUUCUGGCUGAACUCCAGGAGAAAGUGGCAGCAAAAGAGGCAGAUAUCAUCAAUCUUCAGGAAAAUAAUAAAAGGCUUCAGCAGCAGCUCCAGGACAUGACUCAUGAAUGCUCAGCGGUGAAAGACCAGAUAAAAGUGCUGGAGGGCUCUCUGGUGGAAGAAAUACAAAAAGUGAAGGGGGAUCAGAAAGCAAUUCUGGAGCUGCUUUCACUUAAGUUACGCAUACAACAAAUCAAAAUGAACAUAGCCUCUGAGAAGACUUCUGAGAGGAUUAUUGAAAUGAAAGCGGUUCUGAAGCAGGAGGAGGAGAAAAUGAAAGACAAAGCUACCGAAAUAAUAAACAGUGGUUUGGAAGGUUCUGCCGAAGUUGUGAACAUAAUAUCAUUUCUGGUGGAGAUAUGGGGCCUGCAGACCGGUGUGGAGAGUGAGGACACCCUCAUCCGGAUCAGAGAUCUGCAAAUGGAGGUAGAACGCCAGAUCAAUACUCUGAAGGACACUGUUAACAGCAAAUUAUUACUGAGUGUGUUGGCAUCCCAAACAGACCAGACCAGGAUCAAAAGGCUGACAGUAGUCAUCAGUGAGAAAUACGAAUUGGCACUCGCAGAGUUGCACACUAAGCUGAAUAUGACAGAGGAAGCGCUCAAUGAUAAAAUGUUACAACUGGAGACCAAGGACAAGGACAGAAAGGCGAUUGAAAGACAGAUCAAAACGUUGCAGAGUGAAAUUGAAAGGCUGGACGCAGACAUUAAAGCACUGAAUAAGACCGCCAGUGCCAAAAUUGCAGAUCUUGAGCAACAGCUGAGGGCCAGAGAGCGGGAGCUGAGGGAGGCAUCUAAACAGAUGCAGGAAGCUGACAAGAAAAAUGGUGAACUCUUGAUCCGCAUUACUACGUUGGUGGCGAAAUUAGAGGAGACAGAGAGAAAUGCUUAUGAGAAGAACCAGCAUCUCACAUUCCAAAUCACCUCACUGGAAAAGAAAGUAGAAAGUCUGACCAAAGAGAACAACAACAUCAAAGAAAACAACAAAGCUCUGGAGAAAGAGAUCGAAGAGUGUUCUGGACUGCAGCAGAGAUAUGAUGACUUGAAGAAGGAAAUAGACGAUCUCAUGAGUACAGUCAGUGACAGCCACAAAUUCAUUUUGCAGAUUAACGAUCUAACUAUUGAAAUUGAAGACAUCCAGAAGAGUAUUGCGGGCAAACCAGACAAGGCUGUCGAGUUGAAGAAGCAACUGGAUGAAAAGCUGAAAGAGCUAGAAGCACUCAAGAAUAAAACAACCAAUGUUCCUGGAUCUAAGGAGAGUGAGUAG